CGACGUUUAUUACCCCAGUCUCCUUUUUAAACGUUGCAUGGUUACGAUGGCCCGCCGUUUGAUAGUUUUUUAUUUGUGUUUAGCGCUGGACGGCACAUUUUCACACGCCGAAACGACCAACCCUGUAGACAAAUUGGCUGACAAGCUUUUAAAUACGGAUCAGCGAUACGGACUGGCCAACCUGAUCAGCGCUGUCUACGCGAACAUCAAGUCAGCUCCCCACGAGAGUGCCUCCGGAAGAUUCGGAAUACUAUCCGCGUUUUUCAGGAUUUUGGGUUUGGACGGGAAGAAAAUCGGAGCCAUAGCUGUGAACGUUCUCAUUUUAAUAGCUGAAUCGAUAAGUGCCUCCCUCUCAACUAAAUCAUCUGCGGAAUUACCACAAUCUCGAAAGCAGACAGUCACAGGAUCCCCGUUCCAGUGGAUGAACGAGAACGCCGUGGUCGCGGAAAUGGCUUCGCACAUGACAGACGCCAGCUUGCCAAACGAAGUCGUGAAGCACAUUAAAGAAAGGUCUUUGGACGAAGCGACGGGUUGCAUCCAACUGCUUAUGUGCAAGGUAUCACCUUUCGUUUGGGGAAUGCAGCGUGCUUUGAACGCGUCAGAAGCUAAGAAGAAAACGCGACUAUUCGACUACUUGCCAUCUAUCGAAGAAGUUGGGCAAAAUGGCGAUAGUUGUGACGGGACCUAUAGUUAUUGUUCCCCAGAUUUUUUGUGACUUUUGAGGCUAAACUCGCCGAAUCACCCUAGGUAUUUACCCCUUGUAGGAAAUAAGUAGUUUGGAGUUAGAGUCGGUAGUAUGAGUUAUAUACAACACCAUUCUAUUUCAAUGUAAGAAAUUAGAAAAUUCACGUAUGCUAC